GUACUCCUGCUAUCAGCAGUGACGAUGGUCACUCUGCCCGACGCACUGAGGGGUAAACAGUGCCUCGUCUUCACUGCCACACCAGCACUGAUAUUAAGCAGUGCCUUUUCUUCAGCGGCUGAUCAGUGCCAACCCUUUCUUCCACAUCUGUCGACCUUUACAUUCUUGGAGUGCCAAUCACACGUUUGGCUCCCCUUAACAACAGUGCCCAUUCCGUGCUCAGAGCGCUAAACCAAAAACCACUUUUUCCAAAGGUGUCAACCGAUUUUCCCUGUUUUCAGAUUCUUCACGGAAAGUGCCAAGGUCUUCCAGUGAAAAGAUCUUUACAGAGGUGAAAAUUUAUAUCUUGGAGUGCCAUCCCCUAAUCGGCAACGUGCCAACAUCUCUGGAAUCGUGACGAGAUGACGAAACAUGAACCAACAAUAACUUGAAGCUGAAUUCCCAACUGAACAAAAAGCAUCCAGGACGUCACUAAGAGAGAUGAAGCGUCCAUUUAUCCAUCACUUGGCACUACUGUUGCUGUUACUGCUGGCACUCUGCACCCAUCUAACUCGAUCGAUUUACCACCCAGACUUCGCCAGCAGCUCUAAUAAGGUGAAGGAAAGGAUCGACCUCAAAUCUCCUUGGGAAUUCUACACCUCCAGCAGCACUACUCGGGCUCCAGUAAGGGUGUACCCCAGAGGGAGAAAUCGAGGUGCAUCUCCAGCCGCUGGACAUAAAAACCGAGAUGAGGAAGAAGAAGCAAGACAUUCGUGGAGACAAGAGGACGACACAGCAGCAGCUGGUGUGGGAUAUAAUCACCGCUCUAAUGAGCCAACACCCAAUACAUUAGGAUCAUUAAUUCCUGGAGUGCUCAUUCCAGCACGCAAUGUGCUUAGACCACACGCUGUUGUACGACCCUUGCCUGCACGUCGCACUCCAGUACGACGCCUGCCUCCAGGUUAUUCUUCAAGAGGUCGAGGUCAAGUGGUACCUGGGGUGCUGACCUGUCCUAAUCUUAAUGGUUUAUUCCCAUAUCUGCAGGACUGCUCAAAGUUCAUUAACUGUGGCGAUGGACGACCACACUUGCAGUCAUGUGCAGCGGGAACAUUGUUCAACGCGGAAAAAAGCAUCUGUGAUUGGCCUCAAGCGGUUACCUGCCCGACACCUUCCCAUGGCACUGACCUACAGACCACAUCCCAUAGGGAAACACCCGUACGGGCCACACCCAGACUAACCCCACCCCCGCGGACUGCACCCCCUCUGACUACAACGCCGCCGACAACACCCCGGCUGACUACACCCCGGCUGACUACACCCCGGCUGACUACACCCCGGCCGACUACACCCCGGCUGACUACACCUCGUGGAACUACCGAAGGGUAUCAUGCUAGAUCUGCUGUCUUGUCUAAUCUUGGUAAUCAGCUGACACAGGGUGCCAAGUCUGCGGCUGCAAGCCUCGUCGACUUCGCCAAGGAAAUUAAGGCUAAGGUGAAAGCAUCUUUUGACAAGACGAGAAGCAAGAAGCGUCAGAAACAACUCCAGGGCAAAGAGGCGGAUAUUCUCUGUCCGCGACCUGACGGACAAUUUCCUUAUAUAAAGGACUGCUCCAAGUUCAUCAAGUGUUGGCGGGGCCAGGCGAGCCUCCGCAAGUGCACCUCAGGUUUACUCUUCAACGCGAACAAAGGCAUUUGCGACUUCCCACGGAGGACAGUGUGUCCCAAGAUUCCGGAGAAAAAAAGAGAACCCAGAAUGAUAACGGUGACGCCUCCAGCAUCCGGCCAGAGACUGAGGCUUAGAGGGGGUACCGCCCCCUGGGCUGGCUAUGUCCAGGUGAACGGUGGAAGGGAGGGAUGGCACCUGGUGGCAGACUCUCCACAUGGCUGGACUAAAGACGAAGCAUCGGUCGUCUGCAGGAGCCUUGGCUUCACCAGAGGAGCUGUAUCGGCUACCCAGGGGCUUUCCUUUGGUCUUGUGUCCGGGAGGAGUGCCGGGGUGCGUCAGGUGGACUGCCAGGGCCAGGAGCAACAUCUCAUGAACUGUAGCCUUAAGCUGGGAGCUCCGGAGGAUCUCGAUAAGACAGUGGUCGGAGUGCGCUGCCUGAGGAACUGGGUGUCUGAGUGUGGUGCUGUAGGGGGAGUUCGCUGGGGUAACAAAUGCUACUUCGUCCACACCUCCGCCCUCGUGUCGCACUCUGAGGCUCGUGUCAGGUGUUCUUCCAGGGGUGCCAGGCUCCUCUCUAUCACCUCCCAGACUGAGAGUAAUUUCGUGUCUGACAUGCUGGAGGCGAUGGGUGGGGACAGCGUGGGUUUCCACACUGGCGGUGUAAGGACCAAAAUAUUCAGCGAGACCUACUGGCUGUGGCAGAACUCCUCCAUUCCUCCUGCAGCAACCUUACCUUUUUCACUGUGGUGGCCAGGUCAGUUGAAGAGGGUGGAACGCUACCCAGAGCGGCCAGCCGGCCGAGCAGGGCAGUCUGGGAUAACCCAGUGCAUAGUGCUGAAGAACAAAUUCUCAGUACCCCAGGAAGAAGGAAAUGAACCAGUUACGGCCUCAGCAGAGUACUUCUUUUGGAAGUUAUCUAACUGCGCGCUAAAGCUGCAUUACGUGUGUGAAACCAACAAGGUCGACGUUGGCUGCAUCAAGGGUCGAGGGAUGACUUACUCAGGCACAGCCAACAUCACUGCUCAGGGUGAACCCUGCUUGUUGUGGAGUGACCCGAAGGUUCAACCAAAGGUGAAAGAUUUACCCAUGGCUGCUGACCUCAGGGACAACUACUGUGCCAACCCAGACGGUGAUGACAUCCCAUGGUGCUUCACUGCCAGAGAAGAAGCCAGUUUUUGCGAUAUUCCCAGAUGUAAGCAGCAAGUGGAGGAUAUACCAGCAGAACCCCCUGACGACCUGGUGGGAGUGUGUCCUACUGACAAGUUUGCCUGCACGUCUGGCAGCUGUAUCCACAGUGAAUGGCAAUGUGACGGACAGGAGGACUGUGAUGACAAGAGUGACGAGGUGGGGUGCCCCGACUACAGCCACGAGUUCAGAAAGCAAGUGAGGCACAGGUUGCAAGGGAACGAGGUAGAGAAGUGGCUGUACACCAUCAAGACAACCUGUGCUGCCCGCUGCAUCCAGGCCAAGAACUUCGUCUGCAAGUCGUUUAACUACCAGGAGUCCACAGAGACGUGUAUCCUGAGCAACAGCAACGUGGGGCUCUCUGGAGGUUUGGUUCCUGCUGAGGACUGGGAGUACUACGAACUGAAGAACUUGACUGUGGACUGUACCAACAUGUUCGUCUGUAAUGAUAAUAAAUGCAUCGACAUGACCCUGCAAUGUGAUGGUCGUCGGGACUGUGAAGAAGGUGAGGACGAGGAGCAGUGUGCCAAACAGCUGAACUUCGAGGUGCGGCUCGUCAACGGCUCUGGCCCCCACGAGGGCCGCGUCGAGGUCAAAGUGUUCGGUCGAUGGGGCCCCGUGUGUGACGACAUGUGGGGGGUGCCAGAUGGGGACGUAGUGUGCCAACAACUGGGCUUUACUUCCGGAGCUAAGGAAGUCUUCCAAAAUUCACGCUUUGGCUCUGGCACCAGUCAGUAUCUGAUGGAUGAUCUCAACUGCCAUGGUAAGGAGACCUCGCUGGCUGAAUGCGACUUCGCUGGCUGGGGCGAACACGACUGUCAGGAGUCAGAGGCGGCAGGAGUGAUGUGCUUCCAGGCUGGGGAGUCGUGUUCCCAUGAGCAGUGGAAGUGCGACAACGGUCGCUGCGUCGGCCUCAGGUUCCUCUGUGACACCGUCGACGACUGUCACGACAACUCCGACGAGGAUCGAGAGAUGUGCGAGGCCCCGGUAGAGGUGCGUCUCGUAGCGGUGGCGCAGGCGUUGGUCCGAGUAAUGGAUGGAGACAGCCAGGGACGCGUAGAAGUGAAGCACCUGGGGAUCUGGGGCAGUGUGUGUGAUGAUGACAUCGGUAUGGAGGGAAAGGGGAAAGUGUUGUGUCGCAUGCUGGGGUGGGAAGGGGCCUCUCACAUCGACAAGAAUAAUACUUUCGGCCCUGGUAGUGGUCCGGUGUGGCUGGACGACGUGCGGUGCCUGGGGUAUGAGACCAGUGUGACACAGUGCCAACACGUGCCCUGGGGCCAGACCAAUUGCGACCACACUGAGGACGUCGGACUUCGAUGCUCAAAAAAUCCAGCGAGGAACGAGCCGAGUCAGCCUGAGGUAUCACCGCCUGCGUCGGGGCUGCCACCCACGUGUGGGAGGCGGGCAGUGGAAGACAGGCCGCCCUCCCUUAUUAUGGAGUCCCCCAAGGUGGUGGGGGGCCACACGCCCCCUCCUGGAGCCCAUCCCUGGAUGGUGGCUAUCAACCUGAGAACGAGGUCAGGGCCAUCCCAGUGGUGUGGAGGAGCGAUACUGACAGCAGAUUACGUGCUGACAGCUGCCCACUGCGUUAUCAAGUACCCGGCCACCACCUUCCUCCUCAAGAUAGGAGACUACUCCACUAUGGAUAAGGAAGAGGAAGAGCAGGAGUUCUACGUGUCCUCUGUGAUCAUCCACCCAGAGUUCGACAAGGGUCCAUACCUCAACAACGAUGUGGCUCUCCUCAAGAUUGUCAGGAAGAAUGGGAAGGGUAUACAGUUUGGCAAGUUGGUGCUUCCUGUGUGUCUGGUACCGUCCAACUGGAAGUACCAUUCCUACCUCAACUGUACCGUUGCAGGGUGGGGCAGCCUGGGUAUUUCAGAGGGAUACUCCAAUGUGCUGCAGUCUGCCCUCCUGCCCAUCCUGCCAGAGGAGGUGUGUACUGCAGAGUACGUGUAUGGGGCAUCACGACUUACCCAGGGGAUGUACUGUGCAGGAUACCUGGAAGGGGGUAUUGAUACCUGUCAGGGUGACUCUGGAGGUCCGAUGGUUUGCUUCGUGGAUGGUCGCUACACUGCUGUAGGAAUCACCAGCUGGGGCUCCGGGUGUGCCAGACCCAACAAACCUGGCGUCUACACCAGACUUACUCGCUACCUUCAGUGGAUCUACUCCAACCUAGACUAACUUAUUCAGCAUCUGCCAGUUAAUAUAUUCCAGCCUGGGCUAGCUUACUGAUGUGCCAGUGAAUCUACUCUGAUCUGGACUAGCUCACUCAUGAAAACAGUCGAUCUACGCCGGUCUGAAGUCGAUCUACGCCGGUCUGAAGUCGAUCUAUGCCAAUCUGAGCUUCCUUAAUCAAAACAGUCCAUCUACGCUAGUCUGAGCUAGUUCAUUCAUCUAAACAGUCGAUCUACGCUAAUCUCAGCUACCUUACUCAUCUGUGAGUCAGUUUUCUAUAUGAGAUAAUUUUCAAAUCUACAUGCCGACCUAAUUCUGAUUGAGACAGUGACAAACUGCCGAUAGUUUUAAAACAAGAUAUGACUCAGUGAAAGACUUCAACCCGACUCAGGGCUUUUUCCAACUACGCUGAAAAAGUCCAAUGUGAAAAAAAGACAUUCAAACAGAACUCGUUGAAGGAAACAUUAUGCUGUGAAUAGUUUUUCUUGGGUCUGACAGAGGGACAACUCAGCAAGGAGACUAUAAUGGCGGAGCCAGGUGGCUAGCAGCCGUGAGAGAUUAGGUUAGGUUAGGUAAGACUGGUCAGGAAACAGGACAAAUGUUUCCUGGUGCUGGUCUUAGUCAUAUGAUAACCCACCGCUGGAGUUUUUGGUUAUCUGAAAGAGAACUUCCACUGGCUUACCCGUCCAUCUCUUUAAAAAUUAAAGUUAACCAUUUUUUUGGACUAGCGAGAGAUGUUUACUUGUCUCUGCAUUAGGACUGAAGAAGCCGCUCGUGGCGAAACGUUUCCUUUAAUAACUGUCCUGAACUGCACUUGUCUUUUCUCCACAUUGAGCUUUUCUAGUGGACAUGAGGAAGCCAACUGUCAGGUGAAAUAUCUUCAUUGUUUUUAUGUCUUUUCGACUGACCUUGGUUUGCCACAGGUGACUUGAAA